UUAGGAGCAAGACAGUGUACUGGAGACCCAGCGCAUCCCAGCAUACGCAUGGUAUUGGAGACUGAGGACAUCCCAGCUCACACACCUACUACUAACGGAGCCGCCAGCGCAUGCCAGCGUCUUUCCGCCACCGCAGGCUGAACGUCCAGGAUCGUCCGACACACCGAGGGGAGGAAACACUCCUGUGUUGUUUGAAUAUUUUUGGCUGUGGGAUUUUUGUUUCUCGCCGGGCUGUGAACGGUGGAUAUGCGGCCAUGUCAAAGUACACUGAAUUAUUUAUAGGCGUGCGUGUCUUGUUGUGUGACAGCUGUGCCCUCAAAGAAUUUUAUUAGACGCCUCUUCCAUCAGUGACUGGCACACGACGCUCUUCUCCUCGGCCGAUGCAUCCCUCCGAAGAGCGCCGGGACAAGCAAACUGGCUCCGUUCUUCUCGUCUGAGCCGACUUGCGGCUUCCUGUUUUGAAAGCUGCAUUUUGGUUGAAUUGUGCGCUUUUGCUCCGGAUGAAAUAAAGGACUAAUCUAUUUAUUUAUAUAUCUCCUUGUGGCUUUUCCAAGCGAGAGAGAGAGCGACAGACAGAAAGAGAGAGUACGCUGCCACUAUCCACUCCACUGUUUUUUUUUUCUUCUUCCUUUUGGACCCUUAAGCCUUUUUACGCUUGCAGGGAGAAAUCUGUGUUGACACCUGAUCGACUGGCUUCUCCGCGCACAUUGACCCGGGAGCUCCAGGCGAAUCGGGGAGGGGAGGAAGCAGAUACUCGGUCAAUGCUCGGCCUGCGCUGUUGAUUUUGUUUGUGCGUGUGCGCUUCAUCUGUGGGGUUGUCGCCCAGCCAGCCAAAGCCAUGGUCCACUGCGCCGGCUGCGAGAGGCCUAUCCUGGACCGCUUUCUGCUCAACGUGCUGGACAGAGCCUGGCACGUCAAAUGCGUGCAGUGCUGCGAGUGCAAGUGCAAUUUGACUGAGAAAUGUUUUUCACGAGAGGGGAGACUGUACUGCAAGAAUGAUUUCUUUAGACGGUUCGGUACGAAGUGCGGCGGUUGCUCGCAAGGCAUCUCUCCCAACGACCUGGUCCGAAGGGCCCGCAGCAAAGUGUUUCACCUCAACUGCUUCACCUGCAUGAUGUGCAACAAACAGCUCUCCACCGGCGAGGAGCUCUACAUCAUAGACGAGAACAAAUUCGUUUGCAAAGACGAUUAUAUGAGCAACAGCAGUGUAAAGGACUCCAACCUCCUCUCAGUAACGGCGUGCAGCGACCCGAGUUUAUCACCGGACUCGCAAGACCAGCUACAGGACGACGUGGUGCUAAAGGACACGGAGAGCGCCGCGCUGUCCGACAAAGAGACGGUGAACAACGAGAACGACGACCAGAACCUCGGCGGGAAGCGGCGCGGCCCGCGCACCACCAUCAAGGCCAAGCAGCUGGAGACGCUGAAGGCGGCGUUCGCGGCCACCCCCAAGCCCACCAGACACAUCAGGGAGCAACUGGCCCAGGAGACCGGCCUCAACAUGAGGGUCAUCCAGGUCUGGUUCCAGAACCGACGUUCCAAAGAGAGACGCAUGAAGCAGUUGAGUGCGCUGGGCGCCCGGAGGCACGCGUUUUUCCGCAGCCCGAGGAGAAUGAGGACGUUGGUGGACCGGCUGGAGCCCGGGGAGCUCAUCCCCAACGGGCCCUUCUCCUACUAUGGAGAUUAUCAAAGUGAAUACUAUGGCCCGGGAGGGAAUUACGACUUCUUCCCUCAGGGGCCUCCGUCGUCACAGGCCCAGACCCCAGUCGAUCUCCCCUUCGUGCCCUCAUCAGGCCCCACGGGCACCCCCCUUGGAGGUAUGGACCACCCCCUGCCAGGCCACCACCCCUCCAGUGAGGUGCAGCGCUUCUCCGACAUCAUGUCCCACCAUCCAGGGGACUCUCCCAGCCCGGAGCCCGGAAUCCCAGGGCCCCUGCACAGCAUCUCCUCUGAGGUGUUUGGCCCCAGUCCGCCCUUUACCUCACUGUCACUGAACGGCAGCGGAUACAGCAACCACCUGUCCCACGCGCCCUCGGAAAUGAACGAGGGCACCGUGUGGUAGCUUGCUGAGAGAGCAGACUUUACUGGCGAGAGAUUCGGUAACGGAGGGUGUUGAGGUUUGGUGGUGAUGCGGGGCCGGAAUCGAGAACAGGGACGUGGAUAUAAACAGGGUUAGGGCAACACCAUUGAAUCUUUUAAUUUAUUAUUUUAUUUUUUGGUGUUUUCAUAUUUAUUUAUUUAUUUUCCCACACAAUUUGUUGAUCUUUGUUGUGGGGAAAGCGUAUCUGGCAUAAAAAAAAAUUAUGCUCAAAAAAACAUUGUCUUCAGUAUUGUGUUUGGGUGUUUCUGUUGCUUAUUUUGCCCACUCCCUGCAUCCAAAACUGGACUAACAAAACUAAUGAUAUAAAAAACAACAACAAAAAAAGAACAAGACUGUUGAACUGCCCCUAUUCUACCCGUUUUCCUCGGGCCCCUGGGACACCCCGUCACCGCUCCUGACGCUGUCAGUGGCCCAGCAUAAUGACCAAACCCCCCCCGCCCCCCCAAACACUCAAAGGUGGGGUCGAAAGCAAGCCUUUGGAAAUCUCCUAUAGUAUGUUGUGAACAUGAAAACAUCAUUAGCUAUUGUCAAAGACUUGAAUAGCUUUACAGAGAGAGAAUGAAGGGGCUGAGGAUUGGUUGUUUGCUGACCUGGCACCGCAGGACGGCUGAGCAACAUUCAGACUAUGUUCGAGGCACCAGACAUGUCCCUUGUAUUUAUUCAGAAGCUCCUCAGACCUCUUUGCCUCUAUAGGCUCUGCCAUAUUGACACUCGACAUAUUUGACACUAUGUUUCUGAAGGCCAGAGGAAAUUACUUCUUUUUUUUUCAUCCGUGUGGACGAUAUGUUUCCUCUUUCGUUUUUCUUUUCUUGAUUUUGUAAUUUCCAUCAAAUCUGAGGAAGGCCGCCUUCAAAAGGCAAAACAGUAAAACCCUCUAUGGAUUGCAAACCCUUUAUUUAAAAUGGAAGUGAACUUGAAAUGUUGAAAUGAAGUCUAGCUUCUAAAAAUCUUCUACUGGGGUUCUAAAUGUGGGACUUAGAACAGUCAACUGUUUACGUAACCUAUUUAAUUCAGGAGUCCAGAAGUCUCGAAAACCAUGUUUCAGAACCUCUUGAUCCAUAUAAAAAUGUUCCAAGCAACCAACCAAACUUUUGUAUUGAUUUCAUUUAUAUUGUAUGGAGAUAAAAACACAUUUGCUGGGGUUGUGGUUCACUGUGCUAGUUUGUACAAGAUGUUGUUUACAAAAAGGUUCAAAAAGAAUAAAAAACACAAGUAAAGUAGACAUUUGCCAAAAUUUAAAAAAAAUAGCACAAACACUGUUACAGUGCUUUGCACCAUUAUCUGCAGAAUGUGUUGGGACAAAAUGUAAGUGUUAAAAGGAGUAAUUGACUUCUUGAUUUUUUAGUCUGCUGAUGAUACAUUCAUAAAAUUGUUAAUAUAACAUACUUAGACAGGUUUUAUUUUUGUGUCUUCAAAGGAGAAAAAUCCAAACUAUUAAAAAUUAAUGGUCAAAUAUGCAGCUAGUAGCUGCUACAUCUCUUUGAAUAUUGAGCCCUCAUGAUAUGUCUUUUAAUGUUCCAAUAAACCUAAGCUUAUGUGAC